AAUUUUGCGCAAUUAAAAUGCUAAGAUUGAGCUUAUUAUUAUAUUAUUUACCAGCGCAAGACGUAGCCUAUUAUAUUCAAAACUGCUCUGCAUUGCAGUAUUUACGGUAUCUGUGACCAAUAAUAUCAUCUUUUGCGGCAACAGGACAGAGCAGUAGAAUGAGGCUGUCCAAUCAGCUGUCUGGAUUCCUAUCAAAAUACUUUCUUAAACGUCCAAAACGCAAGCCUCGUCCUGCAGAUGCCAGCAAAAGACCUACCUCAAAGUGCGGGCCAUUGGUUUGUAGCUCACAGAGAGCAGAUGGAGCAAAGAAACAGAAACAUAAGAAGGACCAAGAACAAUAGGCCGGACCAUUCUACGGGGUCGGACUUUGCUACACCAGCUGCUGGCAACACACUGGAUGGCUCCUUACUGAUUCGAUUACAUGGCGUGGAAAACCCAUCUGACCUUUGCUCCAUAGACAUCAGUGAGCAGAGAUUGACUUCGGUCAAGAAUGAGGACUUCAAGGAGUUUGACAGUAUUGUGUACAUCAACGCUUCAGACAACUCUCUUUCCAUCGAGUCUUUCAGGAGUUUUGGACUCUUGAGAGAGCUCGAUCUAUCUUUGAAUGGAUGCUGCGAUAUGAGCUUCCACCCUGAAGACUUUCCACACCUGGAGGUCUUAGACUUGUCCUUCAACAACGUGUCCGAGGCUGACAUUGUUUGCAUCGGGCGUCUGGCAGGACUGAAAGUCCUGUGUCUGACAGGAAACAGACUGCACCAACUUCCUGCCAAUAUGGCCGGUUCAAACCCUUCCCCGACCCUCAGUGGUUCCAGCAGCGAAGAGAAGCCCCUGUUUGGCUCGCUGGAGGUGCUGUCGCUGGACGACAACCAGCUGACGUCCAACGUCUUCCACAGCCUCUCCAGCCUCACACGACUGCAGCAUUUAAACCUCCAGAGUAACAACAUCUCUGAGGUACCUUUCAUGCUGCCCGAUGGAGAUGGAGCCCACACUGGGUCAAAUCAAGGUCAUUUCUGGGGAAUAUUACAGCCUAGCGUUGGUGCAGUGGAGUCCAGUCUACCACUACCACAACUCCAGUUCCUCAGCUUGGCUCACAACAAGAUUGCAGAGGAAGAAGCUCUUCUGUCUGCUGCUCUGUUUCCAAGCCUUACCGAGCUAGUCAUCCACAACAACCCUCUCACCACACAGAGAACUGGCGACCCCCCUCUGCUGACGUACCUGCUGAGCGUGAGACGGGGGGUCAGAGUGAAGCGCUCCGACCGAGCGGAGGUCAGAAACCCCUCUGUGAUGCUGCCUGACAGGUUUAAACACAAGAUUAGAAGUGAAGGAAGAAUGGCAAAAAGGCCAUGGUUAACAGAGCAAAGCCAUUACUCUCCACAAGAGAGGGAGAGGCAGGGCUUCCCCAAGGACCCAAGCUCUUUUCAGGCCAAGGAGAGGGAGAAGAACGACAUGGGAGAUGGGGUAACAGACCGUCCAGAUGAAACCAAACAUCCGGAAGAAUCUUUCUUUGUUACAAAGGAGGUUAAGAUGCAAGGUGAGAUGGCAGAGGGCAACAACAGGAACAACACAGUCAGGAACCUCCUCUAAGCAGCGUCUCAGACGACGGGCCGAUCCACAAGCAGGUGGACAGAGAAGAGGUGUCCCUCCUGAGUGGGACGUGGGGCAAAGACAAGACCCUCCGCGGCCAGACGGGGGAGGUCAGCACGUGCAUCGAGAAGGAAUAACCACUUCACUUUUAUCGAAUGUAUCAAGUGGGAUCGUUUUAUCGAUAUUCGAACUGAGCCUAUAUUAUGAACACUAUAUUUAUUGAGUACAACAAUUCUUCCUGUAUUGGAUAGAGAUUAAUGCUCAACGAUUAUUGAAUGGAAUAGUACUCAGCAUUGGGGCGUUGUACAUCGUGAUGUCACAUCGCAAUAAGUACCUCCAUUUUCACCGUACUACAACCCUCUUCAUUCCUCUCAAUGGGACAAAGUUUCUUGAACCAAAAUCCAAUGAUGCAUUCCGAUGUAAAAUCCCUGUAGACUAUAAAGCCCAUUCUCCAGUCUUAGUGUGUGUUUACUCUUUCUGUGCUGCAUUUCCAGCGAAUCCAUAAGCUAUCGUUUCUUUCCAUCUGAAGUUAGAAAAGGAAACGUACACUUCAACCCAGUGUUCAACGGCAGGCAUCCCUGUCUAUUAGCACAACACAAGUAAUGACAUGUUUUCAUUCAUUGACAACCAAAUAACACAUCAUUAUGGGCAUGUUUCACCCAUGUGUUGCAGGUCCGCAAACCUCCAUUGCCAACUUCUCUUUUGCUGUGGCUUUAUGUCAUGCCCUUGUCGUAAAGCAGACCGAACUACCCAAUAAAAACAUGUUCCAUGAAGUCGUUUGAGUGCAAACCUCUAA